ACCUCAAUCCUUACACCGUGAUCUUUUACCUGCCAAAUUUCAGUAGCGAUUUUCUUGAACGCAGCUGGUCUGUCAUAUCACAUCAAUAGCGUCGUAGGAAUUCAGAUUCAGUACACUUCUCCCAUCACCAGACUCGGAGUCCAGCAGAACCAUGUUCCACGGAGUAUUUCUCGCGACGCUGACACUCGCCAUUCUUACUCUUGUCUCCGCGUCCUUGUACCCAAUUCAGCCUAUCCAGAACACCGUGUACUACGCUGGGGAGACUGCCUUGACGAGGUGGAUAGAAGAUGGAAGUUUCCCGCUGCUCAGCGAUAUGGGCGGUAUCACUAUACAGCUGUAUUGCGACGACGACACGUACCUUGCGACGCUCGCUACGAACGUGAGCCCUGCGGCCAAAUACUGCCAGUUGGAUAUACCUAGGAAGCUUGUACAUGAUAGCUCCAAUUUCACUUUUCGUUACAUCACGGAUACCCCCUACAACACAACCAUCUACAGCGCCGACUUCACCAUCGUGGUUCCAGGCGACUCUUUUCUGUCAUCUCAGGGUUCUAUCUCAACCUCUACCAGCGGAAAUCUUUUCUUUCAGGCGACUACCUCCCAACCACUGUCACUAUCUCCUUCCUCAUCGACAUCUUCCGUGGUAUCCGGAGGUUCAAUGCCAUCCUCGACGAGCAUCGUGAUCCCGCCCCUCCGUCCAGGCGACAUCGGGAACAUCGAUCAACCCUCUGGUAAUAGCAAGAGCAGCGCGGCUGGCCGCAUCGAUAUUGAGAAACUCAAGUUCCGUGUGGUGUUUAUUCUGUGGCCUGCCUUGUUGGGCGUUACGAUGGCUCUUUGAUGUGUUCUGUUCUUUUUACUUUUGUACGCCCUUUUACCUGUAUUUUUUACUUCGAUUUUGUGUUUUCAUGUGAUAGACUCCCGAAUCGGAUCGAUGUAGCACUUGCACUGCGCUGUGAGCAACGCUUACAGCAUCGUUGGCAGAGUGGAGAUACUAAGUGACAUGAUAUUGAUAUGACAUCUGCUUCGUCAUGCUGG